UAUCAAACUGCUGUUUUUUUGUGGUUUUCAAUUUAACAACAUACAACAGCUUAAUAACAACACUUAUGAAUAGGAAACAUAUUUGCUGGACAUAAAAGAAAUUUUUUUUUUAUCAUGUAGACUGAAGAAAAUUUGGCACAAUACUGCUAUAGGGCUUUUGAACUCUGGCCAGCCAUGUGAUGACAUAAAAAAUGAAAAAAAAAAAGGUAAUAAUUGGUUGAGAAAAAAAAAGUCAUGUAUUAUGUUAUUAUUACAUGCUAACUAAACUCUAAUAUACAUAUUUAUCUUAACCAGUAACAUGUAAGCCAUGCAAGCCUUUAGUGACUUAAACCAUCACUUUGUACUGAAAUAGGAACAAUUCCUCACCCUAUUAGAAUAAUGGCCCAAGUCAUUUUUUGAAAAAAAUGACUUCGUGGCAUGAUCCUUUCAACGAAGGAUUUAGGCGAUUUUACCAGAGAUGGCCAGCAUUAUCAAGAGAUGAUUUAGGCCAAAAACUCAUUUCUGUCAAAAAAUAACUUAGGCCAUUAUUUUAAUAGGGUGACGAAUUGUAAUCCUCAGACAGACAGACAAAAUAUGAUAUAAAAGCCUGCCUCUAAAAGAAGCCUGCUUCAUAGAAAGGCCUGGUACUUCAGGCAUUAAAAGCAAAUACAAGACCUCGUAUUUAUUUGAGGAUUUAGAUAGUACUUAUAAUGUUAUGUAUGUAAAACAAACUGAUUAAGUAUGACAAGAAAAGUAUACAUGCUGCAGUAAAACCAGCCCUGUUUGUGUUUUUAAUACUCAAUGAGAAAUCUGAGUUCUUUUGACCCUGUGGUUGUUUUAUUAGUGCCUACAUGCUCCAAAAAAUUCUCACAGACUCACUCAGUUGCUCUCUGAGAGACAUAAUAAACAGAGAAAAUUAGAGACAUUUCAAUCCUUCAUUUUCAGGUAACUAGCUCAGUCCAAGAAUAAGAGAACUUCUGCCUCCUCUCUCCCCUCUAGAAUCAGACGAUGAGUACAGCGACGAUGACGACAUGAGCUGGAAGGUGCGGCGCUCGUCCAUCAAAUGUCUGGAGGCGUUGAUCAGCACUCGCAGAGACCUCCUCCUCUCCUUCUACUCCUCCAUCUGCCCAGCUCUGCUCGCCCGCUUUAAGGAGCGUGAGGAGAAUGUGAGGGCUGACGUCUUUGCUGCCUUUUCCACACUACUAAGGCAAACACGAGCCGGAUCGAGUCACCAUGGAAACAUUAUGGCUGGAUCAGACUCAGGUGUGAGCAGGGAGGAGGAGCCUGUAGUGGCCAUGUUGAAAACACAGGUACACAAUAAUUUUUUAAUCACAAAUUUGGAGAGGUAGUGAGGUGCAUCCAUGUUCUUUCAGGUUUCAGAUAUUUACGUGUGUGUGUGUGUGUGUGUGUGUGUGUGUGUGUGUGUGUGUGUGUGUGUGUGUGUGUGUGAAAACGCAUGCAGGUACCUGUGAUAGUGAAGGCUCUGCACAGACAGCUGAAAGAGAAGAGCAUCAAAUCUCGCCAGGGCUGCUUCUGUCUCCUCACUGAGCUGGCUCACACUGUACCUGGAGCUCUGGAGCAGCACAUACCUGCGCUGAUACCAGGUUCAAACACACAUCAGUUCACUGUUCUCUUUUUCCUGCUUUUAUUCUCGCCAAUACGCACCCAAAACACACAUAUUAUUUUCUUUGUUUUUCAUGCUUCAUGCUCUGUAAUUGUCCAACACCUGAUCCCUUUCUUCUCUUUUCAUUUUUCUGAUCAUCCUUCUUUUCCUGCUCCCUCCAUCCUCCAGGCAUCGUCUUCUCACUGACAGACAAGUCGACCUCCUCCACCAUGAGGAUCGACGCUCUCUCAUUCUUCCAUGUCCUCCUCCUCACUCACCCUCCUCAAGCCUUUCAGCCUCACAUGCAGGUCCUCCAAAAAUCUUUUAGAAAUUCACUUUUGGAUUUUUGUUUACGCUCUGAUUUUAAAAAUGCUUCUGAUGUAACAGUGUCUCAUGCAAACAUAGCUGCUGACUCAAGACAGUUUUCACCCCCUCUUGUUGCACAAACGUGAUACUAGUUGCCUCUAAUACAGUAUAUUGCACAUAUGGAGUCUGAGCAGUCAGGGUCAUUUGGAGGAAGUCUGCAAAGCACUUCUUUGAUGUGAUUAAUUUGAAGAAUUAACUUCCGGAGCUGAGUCAGGAUGCUAAUAGCAAACUAUUAGGACAGAAUCCAUGCUUGGAAAAAAAAAUACAUAUAUACGAGUAUUUUAAUUUUAAAAUUUGACCCAUAUUUCAUCUGUGUACAUGGAGGAGGGGGGCUUAAUGAGCCAAACAGUGCACUGCAAAAACUCAAAAAAACAACUCAGAUUUACUUUAUAGCUCUAUAUGGUGAAACUCAGAGAAAAUGGUUGGAAUUAUGAUUUCUGAGAAUUUCCUCUAAAGGUCAGACUAGAUUUUUGUAUCGAUAAAAGUUAUUAACUAAGCAUUUUGGACCUUAAGAGUGCUCCUCCUCAAGUACUGAGGAGAACUUUGAAGUGCUGAAAAGACCCUCAAGCUGAGGAGGAUACAGCACAACGCAACGUUAAACAGGAGAGCGAUUGUGAGGCAUUUACUCAGUGGAAUAAUGCAGCAGUUUCACUCAUGAGUUGGUCAUCAUCAUAGGUGAGCCUCUCGUACAGUAGCUUUAACAGAAUUGAAAGGGUGCAGAAUAACAUUGUCAGCAACAAGCUGCAUGAAAUGGUUCAGUUAAAGGUUCACAGACGGACUGACUGACGUCUCUGUCUCUCAUCAUGUGCAGUGGUAGCACCAAUAUUAAAUGCCAAUCCUAUAAAAAAUUCAAAAUUAAAACAAAACAAACAAACAAACAAAAUUUCAAUGCAUAAACAGUCUGUCUGCCUUAAUGGAUCAGUUAAAGACUAGGUUGUCUCCCAACCAGAAGAUCAGAGGUUCAAUCCCAAGGCUUUCCACAUGUGGUACAUGAGGUACGUGACCCCACCUGACCCCGCUGGCUGCUCCCAGUGGCAUGUGAAUGGAAAAAAGUUACAAAUGAAUGGACUUGUUACAUAACAGCCUCUGCCAUCAGUGGGUGAAUGUGAUGUGAUGUAAAGGUGCUCUGAGCGGUCGAAAGACUGGAGACAAUACUAAACAAACAUAGUCCAUUUACUGUUUACUUAAACUCUCAGCAUGUGAGGCGAGUACAGCACAGUCAACACAUUUUUUAAACAUUUUGUGGGCUUGAAACUUAUAAAGUGCUCACAAACUAUUCAACAGAAAUAACUAUGAUAUUGAAAUACUGAAAUUGGCUGUCUGAUUAUCUUUUAUGAUCAGGCUAAUCAACUUCAUUGUUUUUGUGUGCUUAUUAUUGAGAGGGAGUUUUCUUGUUCUCCACAUUCUCUUUCUUGUUGUGAAUGUCAUACCGAGCAUCGGGGGGAACCACAUCUCCAUACUGACAGAAGUUUUUGCCCCUUUCUGACAGAGUUGUGGGCCAGGACUUCUUGCUAAAAGUUUUAAGCAAAGUUAGAGGAUCUCUGAAAGGAUUUUCUAGAAAUUUGUGAAUACCUGUACUGAUAUGUGUUUAGAGACUGAAGUGUUUGUCUCCCUUGCUGCGGUCUCUGCAGGUACUGCUCCCCCCGGUGGUGGCGUGUGUGGAGGACACGUUCUACAAGAUCACCUCAGAGGCUCUGCUGGUCACACAGCAGCUGGUCAGAGUGAUGAGGCCGCAGGGACAGAACGCCACAGUGGAAGGAUUCGACCCCAAACCAUUUGUCAAAGAGGUACAAAGAGGGUCGAGUUUGUCUAUGACUAUUUCCUCUCUAGAUCUGCAAAGUUUGAAUGUCCUGUCUGCAUGAUAAAACCCUGAAAACUACUGAAUAGGAGCUGGUUUCCAGAAUCUGUUCAGAGAGGCAGAUGAAAAACAUGUGAGGGGUUCAGAUAGCUUCAGAGUGUAAGAGAUGUUACAAGUUACCCCGUAGUUUUUUGUGUUUAUGAGGUCAUUACCAUCAUUGUCUUUCCAGGUGUUUUCUGUGACCCUGAAGAGGCUGAAAGCGACAGACAUCGACCAGGAAGUAAAAGAGAGGGCCAUCUCCUGUAUGGGUCAUAUGGUGUGUCAUCUUGGCGACCACCUGGGGUCGGAGGUGCAGGGUGUUCUGGCGAUCCUCCUAGAAAGGUUAAAGAAUGAGAUCACGAGGCUGACAGCAGUGAGGACCAUCACACUCGUCUCUGCUUCUCCACUGAAGGUUUGAUGAGAUUUUUCUCAGAUGACUCAAUCUUUGAUUUUUGAAUUUCACCUCAUGUAAAAGUCUUUUGCUGCUUAAAAACUGGUGAAAAUAUUCUGUUCAUCUUGUUUUCUUUCCAGAUCGACCUGUCAUCCAUCCUGCCGGACGCUCUGUCUGUGUUGGGAUCUUUUUUGAGGAAGAACCAGCGCGCUCUGAAGCUCUGCACAUUGGCGUGUCUGACUGCGCUCCUCUCUCAUCAUACGGCCAGCAUCAAACCUGCAGCACUGGAGCCUGUGCUGAGUGAACUUCCUGCUCUGGUGGAUGAGAGUGACAUGCAUGUAUCACAGGUACAGCGCUUAUUUGAAUUUGCAGAAAAAAAAAAUGCAUCUCUCAUUUUCUACGAUGAAUUUCUUUUCCUGGCAUUUGUCAGUGAAGCAUCAACCAGCUACAGGCAACAGCAGUUUAACAUUUGAGGUUUGACAUUUUUUUACCCCAUUAAAAUUAAAAUCACUGUGUAGCUCUUUUAUGUGAGGGCAAAAAUAUAUAUAUUCACUACUGUAGUAGCCACAGAGUGAUUUUUUUUUCUUGAUGUAGGUUUGAAUAAGGAAUCCUCUACAUUUUAUCCACACAUUCGAAGGCGCUCUUCUUCCCUGGUUACAGCAGAGACAGCAUUGCAUUGUGGGAGAGUCCAGGCUAAAUUCUGACUAAGAAAUUGUUUCUUCAUUUCAUAAUAUUUUAGCUCUUCAAAUAAAUCAAUUAGAAGUCCACUAAAUCUUGCAACAUCUCAGUAUGUGCAGGGUUUGUCUUGCAUGGUGUGUUUAAAAGGAGACCAGGAGGACUCUGAUAGGAAACAGUUGUUGUAUUUAUCAUUGAGAAGGUGUCAGGCUCAGCUGAUGUUGUUUUAAUCUUUCAGUCUCUUGGCCCUCUGAAUCUGAAAACCACACGCAGCAGUUCACCUGUGUUUUGUCUCGGCUCAGGUAUCCGUCUCCUUGUUGACCUGUCUGGCCAAAGCGUGUCCGUCCUCUCUGGCUAAGAUCAGCUCCUCUGUGCUGUCAGGCGUCCUCAGACUCGUCCACUCACCACUGCUGCAGGGAGGAGCGCUAUCGGCCAUCCUGGACUUCCUGCAGGCUCUGGUUCUCACUAAGACCAGCAACAUGGGCUUCAGGUGGGGUGGUGGACAAGUGUGGGUUGUGUGUUUCUUCUGUUGAGAUCCAAACGUCCCUUCUCCCUUGCUUUCUUCAUCCCCUCUUCUCCAUCUUAUCUUCUCCUCUCUCCUCACCUCUUCCUCCUCUCAGUCAGCUCCUGAAGGCCCUCAUGGCUCCAUUUCAGAGCUCUCAGUGCUCAGUGGACGGCUCCAUCCUCCACAGACAGUCCUUCCUGUCUGUGGCUCGCUGUGUAGCUGCUCUGUGCUCCUCCUGUCCUAAAGAGACUCCAGGCACUGUCACCUCUCUCCUGCAGGAGGUCAGUGACAGUCCAGUAUGAUAUAAGCUCCACCUGGCUCCUUGUGUCAUUAUGUCCUCCUUUAUUCUUCUCUCCUCAGGUGAAGAAACCCGGCUCUCCAGAGUCCGCUCGGGUCCUGGCUCUGCUCUGUCUGGGGGAGGUGGGGAGGAACAGCAGCUUGGGAGGGAAUAAGGAGGUGCAGGGAGUCAUCCUGGAGGCCAUCUCUUCCACUAAUGAGGAGGUCAGACAUGCAUCUUUUAUGGGCUGCAAAAACGUAUCAUUUACAGAGCAAGUUCUAGUCUUUGAAUUGUUGAAAAAGACAUUUUUCUACUGCACUCACAUAUUUGAAUGUGAAGUGUAUUCCUAGAAAAACACAAAUGCUUUCUGACAGAAGAGCUACAAAGACAAAGGAGAGAAAGGCAAAGACUGACAACAAUAAAGGUCUUACCCAUAGACUGUAUAUACUAUGGACAACUUGGUUCCGCCUUCCGCUAGUAUACGGAUUUGAAGCCAAAAAGGUCUCUGUGAUUCCCCGUUUUUUCUCCACUUCCUGAAACCAUCAUUGUGCAGUAACAUUGUACGCAUUCGGGGAGUCGCUGACAGUCGCUGUGAUGACGCUCAGCACAAACAGCGCGUUCUCCGGGUGAGCUAUACAAUCUUAGUACGCCCAUAGGCUGUAUCAAGUGUCAAUCAUAGGAAACAUGAACCUCCUAAUAACUUUUAAAAAAUUGAGCUGCACAGAAAAAAAGAGUCUUACUGUAACUGCAUGUCAACAUUGCAACCAUGGGGGAGAAAAAUGUAUAUUCUGUGUAAUAAGUUUCUAAGGUUUGUCCACAGCUCCAUAGGGAUUGCUCGAGGAGGCAGGAUUUAUGACCUAUACUGCAGCCUGUCACCAGAGGGAGCUGUUCUUGGGGUGGCUUCACCCAGCAAGGAGGCAGAUGGUGUCCAUUCUAUAUACAGUCUAUGGACUGACCUUUGACUAAACUGGCACCCCAGACAUUCUUAUGUUUCGACAGCAGAAGCAAAACAUUACAGCUGGGUGCUGUUUUCUAUGAGUUCUAUGAGUUCUUACCGUAUCUUUGAUAUGGUUUCUUACCAGGUUUGAUACAGAUAGGACACUGAAGGUGGAGCUGAAAUGUUUGACAAGAUGAAAAGAUUGCUGAUAAAAAUAAGAAGGAUUUGACACCCCUGUGCUAGAGUAACCGGGUUGAUCUCCCGUCAUUUGUUCAACACUAUAAAAGUUGUUUUAAAGUUUUGCAGUGGUCAGUCUGAACAGUGGGUAACAAAUGCCUUUGAACUCAUUACCUUCUUGAGUCAUUGUUGUUUGUUUGUUUAGGUGAAGACGGCGGCGUCCUGUGCGUUGGGCAGCAUGGCAGUGGGCAGUCUGAACGAUUACCUGCCCUUCUUGCUGAAGGAGAUCUCUUCUCAGCCCCGCAGACAGUACCUGCUGCUACACUCACUCAAAGAAGUCAUCAGGUGUGUUUUCACCUGUUUCUCACUCUGAUUGUCUGUCAGUGUCGAUUUAUCCACCUUGACUUUUUAUACACGUCUAACCUUCCUCCCUGCUCAGUGUAACCUGAAUUUUACUCCUCUCAUUUCUCUAAAUUCAGUAUUUCACAGAGCUGCCCCAACUCUUGGGUGUCCUCUGGUGGCAGAGAAAAAAAUCACAGCUUGAAUUUUUACAAAAAUAUGAACAUGAAAAAGUUGAUUUUGCUCAUUUUCUGUUUGUUUUUAUUCAAGCAGAAGACACCUCAGGCAUAAAUUACCUGUCUUCUUUCCUUUUCCCCCUGUUUUCCUAAAAUUAGGAUGUAAAUCUCUUUGAAUGUAGCUCCAUUCCGCGUUGAAUCCAGUCUCAAAAAUAUUUUUUCCUUCUACUAAAGCUCUCUCUCUCCCUCAGUGCCAGUCCAGCGUCUAGUCUCUCUUCCCACGUGGAGUCCAUCUGGUCUUUACUGUUUCAGCACUGUGAGUGUCAGGAGGAGGGGACCAGGAACCUGGUGGCUGAGUGUUUAGGAAAACUCACUUUGGUCAACGCUGAACAGCUUUUACCGCGUCUGAAACAGCAGCUGAAAGCAGGUACCAUGAGUGAAAAAAAAAAAAGAAUUUAUAUACCUUAUGAGCGAAGCUCUUCAUUAUUUCACUUGUAACAUUUAAAGCAAUGACACUAUAACACAAGAAUGCUUUCUCAGUGUCAUAAAGCUUAAUCUGUGAGUGUAAUGAGAGAAUCAUAUCACCUCAGGGCUGUUUUUAAUGGUGUUAUAUGACUUUUUGUUAAAACUAUUACUCAUAUGAUGGAUCGUUAUCCACCAUGUUCCUGACAAAGAUUCAUUUUUAGAUGAGACAUUUUGAAACCAUCUGGCUCCUCCUCUCAGGUUCUCCACUGGCUCGCAGCACUGUUGUGACAGCUGUCAAGUUCACCAUCAUUGAUCAGCCGGCUCCCAUUGACUUGCUGCUGAAAGACUGCAUAGGUAAGACACACAGGUACACAAACAGUCUGACUGAGUUGAAACUCAAGACAAGCAGGUGAAGCCUCAUGAAGCUCUGGGGAUUCCUGUCAAGACUCAGAGCUUUGAAGGAAACAGUGGCACCUGGUGGCUCAUUUGAGUAACAAGCUCUUUGCUUUGAAUUUUAUUAUUAUUAUUUUUAUGACAUCUUGCUUUUUAUUUCACAUUUGAAAAUUUAAUCACAUGACUCCAAAUGAAUGUUCUAUUUCACCUCGUACUGUUAACAAAGAGAUGACUUAACUGCAAUUGUCGGGCUGAACAUCGGCCACAGUUACCUCAGAUGAGGAUCAGGGAGUGUAAUUUUGACUGAAUAAAGUCUUUAAAGUGGACACGUGUUUAUACGACAUCACUGUUUAUAGCUGAUUCAGCAUGUUUCAUUUAAGACUGCCCCCUGUUCCAGCUCCACAUCCUGAACUCGCUCUCUGAACCAUCUUCUCUUCCUCCCCUAUUUCUUGUCAGGCGACUUCCUGAAGACGCUUCAGGACAAUGACAUCAACGUGCGCCGAGUCGCUCUGGUUAUGUUUAACUCUGCGGCUCAUAACAAACCCUCACUGAUCCGUGGUCUCUUAGCAACCGUGCUGCCUCACCUCUAUAAGGAGACCCAGAUCAGGAAGGACCUCAUCAGAGAGGUGGGUCAGCUGGACAGGAGUCUAAAAUUCAAACCUCUUUAUGAUCUGGUGUUUAACAUUUGUGUGAUUCUGUGUGUGUGUGUCUGCAGGUGGAGAUGGGUCCAUUCAAACACACAGUGGAUGACGGUCUGGAUGUUCGUAAAGCUGCGUUUGAGUGUAUGUACACUCUGCUGGACAGCUGUCUGGAGGGCCUGGACGUCCUGCAGUUCUUGGAUCAUGUGGAAGAAGGACUCAAAGACCACUAUGACAUCAGGGUGAGCACAUCGAGCAAACUGACAGCCUUGCUUUGUUUAAAGAAUGAAAAAGCUCUUUUUCUUUUAGGUUUGUGUAAGCAGGACAAUCUAUAAACUGACAUGAAAGGACUCUGAGCUGAUCAGAGCGCCCCCUUGUAUCUAUAUGACCCCACGUUUGUCUAUUUUGUGUUCAUUAUUUCUGUAGAUGCUGACGUUCCUGAUGUUGGCUAGACUGGCGUCUCUGUGUCCUGCUGCUGUCCUCCAAAGACUGGACAGACUGAUUGAACCUCUGAAGGCCACCUGCACCACCAAGGUGAGGGAAACAUCUAUAUUAAAGGAUGGAUAAAAAGACACAGAAUAUUCAGAGCUCCACCUGCUGGCUGGCUGCACUUUAGAGGCCAUAAACUCCACCCACCAUGUCAACAGGUGUGACAUACUGAAGAUUAAACUGUCAAUCAAAUAUAGGUCAAAUAAGUGUUCUGAAAGAUGGUUUCUGUCAUUAUGGUUCUUAAAGUUUACUUUAAAUUACUCAUCAACAAGAGGGGGUCUGACACCAUGAUUGACAGCUCUGUUGACCAGUGAGGCUCCUUCAGUGCUAUGUGCUCCAGAUAAUCAGAGUAGAGGAGGGAACUGUCCUUCCACCCUGUUCAGGUAGCUCACUGAUUUACCUUCCUUCUGCUGUCACUAUGACGAAAAAAAAGGGAAAUAAUGUCACUUAAUCAGCACACUGUCUCUGACUCAAGAUGAUGCAUCAAACAUUUCCACAACACAAUCCAAAAGAGAAACAUAACUCAUUUAGUGAUUUCACUAUAUCACCCUGAUUGAACUUCCCUUCAGAGAUCAGUAAAGGUCUUAUCUUUUUAGUUACUUGCUCACUUUUGAAGACUUUUGAAAACUCGUGACAAGUCCAGUACAAAUAAAACAGCCAGAAUUUCUCAAUGUUUAUCUUGUUUUAGAAAAAAUCAAUUAAUUUCUGAUGCUGGAUUUUUGUAUUGUACACUGUAUAAGAAUAUGUUAUCCAAGUAACUUACAAUUCAAAUGUGGAUACAAUCUGGUGCUUUUCAACUCAAUAUUUGAUCGUUAAAAUAAAAGAAGCAAACAAACAAGUUAUUUGCACCUUCUGCAGACUAGUCACCACUGUGGAGGACCUGGGUCUGCAGGAAGCUGGCAUAUUGUGACCAGUAUUAUGUCUCACUGUGGCAGGAAACAGUAGGUUCAUGCAGAGCAGGGUCUUCUAGCAGGGCCUCUUGGUGGUUCCUUCUUAUGAACUGGUCUUUCGAUGUACCUGAGAAUUUGCAGACAGGACCUGUAUGGGACAGAGAAAGCAACCAAACUGGACCUCCUGAAAAGUGCAAAUGCGGUUGCAUAAAUCAGGGAUCCCUGGAUGUAAUUUGUAAAACUGUUUUACCUGCUAAAUGAUGGGAUUUGUCUGUUUUCUGUAAUAGUGGAAGUCAGGCAGGUUUUAGGAGUGCAUUAAUCUGUAACACGUGACAGCACUGAAAUGACUUCUCCUCGUUCUGCAGGUGAAGGCAGGGUCUGUGAAGCAGGAAUUUGAGAAGCAGGAAGAGCUGCGACGCUCAGCCAUGCGCGCUGUCGCCGCUCUGCUGGCCAUCCCCGAGGUGGAGAGAAGCCCCAGCAUGGCCGACUUUGCCAACCAGAUCAGAACCAAUGCAGACAUGGCAUCCAUCUACCAGAGUGUCCAAGGAGGGGAGGGAGGGGGGUUUGGACCUGCAGAGAGCAUGGACAUCAGCUGAGCUUAAGAAGAAUUAAGAAAAGUUAAAAAACAGUUUAGAUACAAAAAAUAAACAAGCUUUUCAAUAAAACAACAGCUGUAGUCCCCUUCCCCCAACUUGUUUCUUGUUUUGUUUUGUUUAAAUUUUCCUCUCAAAAUAAAUCCUACAGCCUGGG